AUGUGCCAGAUGCCCCGAGGCACCGGGGAUGAGACGGUGGACGUGAUUAUUUACCUGAAACAUCUGGGAAUUCUGUCUCUGCAGGUCAUCAAACGCUGUGAUAUCAUACUCCUGAUGGAAAUCAAGGACAGCAACAACAUGAUCUGUCCCACACUGAUGGAGAGACUAAAUGGAAACUCAAGAAGAAGCAUAAAGUACAACUAUGUGAUUAGCUCUCGGCUGGGAAGAAACACAUAUAAGGAACAGUAUGCCUUUCUCUACAAGGAAAAGCUAGUGUCUGUGAAGAAACUCUACCUCUACCAUGACUAUCAGGCUGGAGACUCAGACGUGUUUUCCAGGGAACCCUUUGUGGUCUGGUUCCAGUCACCUCACACCGUUGUCAAGGACUUCGUGAUUGUCCCCCUGCACACCACCCCUGAGACCUCCGUGAAAGAGAUUGAUAAGCUGGCUGAUGUCUACUGGGACGUGAAACGCCGUUGGAAGGUGGAGAAUUUCAUUUUCAUGGGUGACUUCAACGCCGGCUGUAGCUAUGUCCCCAAGAAGGCCUGGAAGAACAUCCGCUUGAGGACUGACCCCAGGUUUGUUUGGCUGAUAAGGGACCAAGAGGACACCACGGUCAAGGGGAGCACCAGCUGUGCAUAUGACAGGUAAGACUCAUCUGCCCGACUCAGGCUAGCCCAUGCAGUGCUUGAUAUGCCUCAGGAAAGGCGCCCCCCUCAGGGCAGAGGAAGAACCCGGUUGCAGUGCUGAGUCAAUUAGACUUCAGGCCCACGUAUCGGGUACUUGUGCAGUGUGCAACAUGCAUGACCAUGACUGGGAGCCCUGAGCAUUGUGGCUUAGCAGUGGCUAGUGCAGGCCUAACUUCAAAUCCUGCGCCUACCACCCCAGGUCUGUGACCGAGAGACUUAAGCUCUGUGUGUCUUUGCUUCUUGGCCUGUAAAACGGAGACUGUAGUCGAGCCUCAUUCAUGGAACCAUGAGGAGGAGGAGAUGAAGUAGUAUAUGUCUUCUCACACAAUGCCUGGCAGAUGAUAAGUGUUCCACACAUUCACCGGCUGUUAAUUAUUUCAUCACGAAGACAUACCAGAAUUUAGUCACUCAAGUCCUCUGUCACUGAGCUUAGGUUAUUGCCAAGAGUUUGCGAGCAUAAGCACUGCUGAAAUGGACAUUCCAUAUGAGACCAGUAGAAGAGUAUUUAUACUUUUAAAGCUUUUGCUAUACAUUCCUAAAUGCAAAUACAUACCUUUAAAUAACAGCAUUCUCGGGGCACCCGGCUGGCUCAAUGAGCGGAGCACGUGGCUCUUGAUCUCGGGGUGUGAGUUCAAGCCUCAUGGUGGCUGUAGAGCUUACAUUAAAAAAAACAGUAUUGUAAAAUCUCCCUGGGGAUUUUCAGUCAGCUUUCACUUUUGCUCCUUAAACUGGGAGGUGUGGGAGGCACUCGAAGGAUGUGAAUGUUCCCGAUCUUCCCAUCUGUAGCAGAACCCGCGGCGGCUGCGGUUCCCAGAGCUCGGCCUUCCUCCAAGGAAGCACCAGAUGGCUUCUGCCAGAAGACAGUUGUUCUCACUUCUCUAGUUUUGAGGUCAGGCUUUCACUUCCAUCCCAUGACCUCCUUUGUUCCUCUUUGGAGCUUUCAGGGCUGGUGUGUUCUUUGCAGAAGUCUCUGCUCCGGCUCCUGAGAGUGGAAAGCGCCCUAGCAUUGGGGAGAGCAGACAGAGGCGGGAAGGCAGGAGCCUGGGCUCCCCGGUGCCUGCGCUCCCCCUCUGGCUUUGAGGGCUUGUCAGCAGAGCGGGUUGGAGACGGCCACUCGCCCACUAGCCCUGCUUGCACAUGCCGUGUGUGCGGCCUUGGGCAGGUCAAGUCCCUUCUGCGGCCCCAUUCUCCCCUGGCCAACAAGGGAGAGGUGAUUGAAAAUAAUGAAGCAGUCGGGCUCCCUGCUCGGCAGGGAGUCUGCUUCUCCCUCUGACCCUCCUCCC